UUCUGGGCGCUAGCCGGGGACCCUGGCAUACAGCCAACAGCGCCGCCCGGUGAUUCCGGGUUCGGAUGCCUCUAUGCCCGAUGGGUAUACGCACUACCUAAUCAAAAUACAGAACGGAAGGGAGAUUUAUUAUGGGAGCUGGGAUUUUCGUGCACGGCAGAUCCUGACGAAGAAUCUUUUCUCCUCGUCUAUUCGAGUCUCACUUGUUGGCGGCUGAACAAAAGUGUACGGAACAAAACACUCGAUUGCCUUUAAAUUAAUCGCAAGGUACCCAAAGGUGGUCACAUUCCGCGUGCUUCGCGCAGAAGCAUGCUGUUGAGCGUUCUUUUGUUGUUUUAUUAACGGCAUAUAGCAGUGUCGGCACCUUUUAGGUGUUCUCCGAGAAACUAAACGCUUCAAGCUCAGUCCUUCGUACAUACCACACCCACCACAAAAGGGGGAUUCCUUUGCAGGAGCUCAGCGGCACCGCUGUAGAGGGGUGUAUUUUGGGAAUGCCGACCCAAGUUGGAUUUGCUUCUCCCGGUGACGGCACCCUCUUUCUCCAGCUCCUCCUUCCACUUCGGGGCGUUACACCGCGCCCUCUCUAAACUUGGAAAAGCCCCUUCUGUUUCAUGUCGCCAGCACUCCGAGUCUGGCUCUGACGUCAUCGUCCAAUGCCGCUGUCUGCUUCCGGUGCAAUGUACCCUUUCGUUGUGUCGGGUCUGUGUUGUGGUGUCUGCGCAUUUCGCCGCAUGCUGCCUGCUGUUAGGGAAGUAUGGAUAAACAGAGGCCAGUCACUACAAGAACCACGACUACGACGAGGUACCUCAGCCCGGCCUCGUCGGCGACGCAGAGCGGGGAAGUGUACUGCGGAUGCAUCAACCUGGGGAUUGUGAACACCAGGACGGGCGUUUACAAGCUCGCGGAAGUGGCGCUGUCCAGCAUCUCGCUCUGCCUGGUACUGUGGUACGGUACCCCGGUGUGGUUGCUUCUUGGACCCGCGUACCCCUUCUAUCUGACGGCCGUGACGUCGUCGCUGAUGGGCUCCAGCAUCUUCCUGGUGUCGUACUUGGUGUCCAGGAGCACUUUCAUGGUGGCCAAGAGCACCGUGCUGGAGACAGUCCAGAACGGGGUGUCGUUCCUGCUGCUAUGCAGCUCGUCGGCCUUCCUGCUCGUGCAGACGUCCUUCUUCCUCUGGCCCCUGUACCUGCUCACGCCCUUCUUCCAGGCAUACCCGGCCAUGAUGGCGGCAGGAGUUCUGGGUUGCGUUGGAUCGGCAGUACACUGUUUCGACGCCAUCUUCGCCUUUCGGGAACUCAAGAGGUGAAGGGUACCGCACAGGAACCGGACUGAGCAACAGCAAAUUACAGCUCUUUUACGUUCUUUUUUUUUUUUUUCUUUUUUU